AUGGCACUCCGAAUCACUAGGAACACGAAAAUGAGUGUUGAAAACAAGGCGAAGAUCAGUGUGGCAGGCGCCAAGAGAGUGCCUGUGGCCAGUGCUCCCGCCUCCAAGCCGGGCUUGCGACCCAGAAUAGCGCUUGGCGACAUUGGGAACAAAGUCAGUGAACAGCCGCAGGCCAAAAUGCCUCUGAAAAAGGAGGUCAAAACUUCAGCUGCUGGAAAAGUUCUUGCCAAAAAAUUGCCAAAACCUCUGGAAAAGGCAAUUUUGCCUGAGCCUGAACCAGAACCUGAGCCUGUUAAAGAAGAAAAACUUUCUCCUGAGCCUAUUUUGGUGGAUACUCCAUCUCCCUGCCCAAUGGAGACAUCCGGAUGUGCUCCUGCAGAAGAAUACCUGUGCCAGGCUUUCUCUGAUGUAAUUCUUGCAGUGAGUGAUGUGGAUGCAGAAGAUGGAGCUGAUCCAAAUCUUUGCAGUGAAUAUGUGAAAGAUAUCUACAGUUAUCUGAGAAAACUUGAGGAAGAGCAAGCAGUCAGACCAAAAUACCUAGUAGGUCAGGAAGUCACUGGAAAUAUGAGAGCCAUCCUAAUUGACUGGCUAGUGCAAACUGCCAUGUUUAUUGCAAGCAAAUAUGAAGAAAUGUACCCUCCAGAAAUUGGUGACUUUGCCUUUGUGACUGAUCACACUUACUCAAAGCACCAAAUCAGACAAAUGGAAAUGAAGAUUCUAAGAGCUUUAAAUUUUAGUCUGGGUCGUCCUCUGCCACUGCACUUCCUUCGCAGAGCAUCCAAGAUUGGAGAGGUUGAUGUUGAGCAACAUACUUUGGCAAAAUAUUUGAUGGAAUUAACUAUGUUGGACUACGAUAUGGUACACUUUCCUCCUUCUCAGAUUGCAGCAGGAGCCUUUUGCUUAGCACUGAAAAUUCUCGAUAAUGGUGAAUGGGGCAACCCAAAUGGUUUCUAA